AUGACCGUUGAUUUCGUUACUUCCCUUUGGCCCGCUAACAAGCUGUCUAGGAGGAGAUCAUGGGGCAAGGUUUGGGACAAUGCUAGUUUUGGUUCAGGGGGUGAACAUGGAGGAGGAGAUGGUGGUGGGGAGGGGGUGGAGGUGGAGGUGGAGGUGAAAGAGAUGAAGUAUGAAGUUAAUGGUUCACAGGUUAGUUCAUGGAUAUCUGAAGCAAUUAGGCAUAACGUUCAAGAACUUGUAAUUUGUUUUGGAAACCGGAUCAAUCGUAUAUUCCUUCCAAGUGAAAUAUUCCAGAGUAGAAGGCUUGUCUCUUUGAAAUUAUUAAGAACAUGUGAAUUCAAGCUUCCAGAGCUUGUUGAUUUACCAAAUCUCAGAUUGCUUCAUCUGGGAAACCAGAAAUUUGUCAGUGAUAAAUAUUUUAUUGGAAAGGCAUUUGGGGAUUGUCGUGUGCUUGAGGAUUUGGAGCUAUGUUUCAUCAUUUUUAUAGUAGUUCGUGCUCUUAAUAUUUCAAUACCUUCUCUCAAGAAGUUGUUCAUUUCCUAA